CUCUUUCAGAACUCUCGCUCAAAAUAUGUACACGUCAUUUGUUUUAAAAAAGGUUAACGCUAAUGAGGGUCUUCGCUUCCUCGGUGUCAAACAACCGUGUUCCACGGCGCACAUCGCCUUCACACAAAAACCUGAGAGCACCCCACACAAGGUGUUGUUGUCGGUUGAGAUCGAGCGAGGGAAAGAGAGAUGUCAUUGGCAUGGUAAAGUGCGGUGGUAGUACAAGCUUCUAAAGGAGCUGUACGGUACUUUACAGGAAGCUUCUGCAGAAAAGAAAGGAGUGAGUAAGUGAGUGAGAGAGUUGGUGGGAAGACUAGAACGGACAAACUCGCAUCGUUUGGCCUGCUGUGCACACAUCACAUUUCCCAACACAACAACAAAAAAGAGCGAGAGACAACGACGAGGGAUCGAUUACAACAACAUGCCCACGGUUCAGUUUGAUGGCUUGGAUUGGGAAAUUGAGUACUCUAGGUCGGAGAGGGGUCACAGUGCUCGAAAGGAACGAAGGCGCCGUCGACAGGAAAAGAGAAAGAGAAUAGCAGAACGACGGGCCGCCCAAGCCGUCAAAAGAUGCGGUGUGGUCAUGGAAGAAUUCAAACGAGAAGGCAUUCAGUUUGCCGAGCACCUCAAAGCACGGGGACAAAUUGGGCUACUGCAUCUUUUCCAGAACGAACCACGAGAGCGACGCGACUUGGCCCGGCUCCUGGGAUGCUCAUCCCACGACGACGACGUCGAUUGUCUGGUGGCACAGUUUCUGGACACCAAUUAUUGCGACAGAACAUCGAUUUCUCAAAUUUUUGGUUUGAUUCAAUGGAGGGAUGACUUUGAAAAGCGCCAGUUGCCGGUUGUGCGAGCGGCCAAUCACUUUCUGGAUCGAUUGCGGCAAUUGGAACGAGCCAAUCGUCUCGCAACUCUGUUGGAUCAGCACACGGCCACCAAACAUGCCCUCUCCUUUGUUUGCCGCGUACACAGUUGCCAAACCGAAGGAAUCGCCGCCUACCUGAGAGACGAGAAUUGGGGAGCCGAACGAUUGACGGAUGGUGAACUUCGGUGUCUCGCGGCGGCCGAAGUGAGGCUGAAACUUCAGGGGAAUCCUCUGGACAAACUGUUAUUACUUGUAGUUGAUGAUGAUGACGAUGACGAUGGUCCUGAGAGUAGUGAAGAUGCGACACUGGAACGUCAUUAUUGUGCGUUGAUGGCACAAGCGACACAUCUCUAACUAGACAGACGACAAUCUCUCACUGCCUUUGUUUAGGAUGGAGGAGUAAUGGAAUUCUGGAUUGUUCUGACGAUCGAUGAGUGGUGGCUAUGUGUGCAUGUUAGUUUGCAGCGGGGCCUGCUAUGAGUUGCUUCUGGAGACCAUUCUACACGACAACCUGCACAGCCAUGGAUUGCCCACGAAACAUCAUGGAGGGCGGUAGCAUCCAACUUUUGGUGCCGCCAUUCAUCGGCUACGGAAAGACGAACAUCUUAUGACGACGUAUAGGCAACCCAAAUAAGAUUGGCAAAGUAAGGAAUACUUCGAUCGUGAAAU